UGGAAUUGGACCUGCUUUGAGUGCCUCUCAGGACUGUCUCAGGACUGGCUGUCUAGAUAAUCCUUUGGUUGCGCAUUCCUGGAUUCCUCAUCUGAGAAGAAUCGCAAGGGCCAACGCAAUUCUUGUGCUAUCUGCAGGCCAAAUUGGAACUGAGGUGAAGAUGGGCCCGUUAGGUGCAGAGGCAGAUGAGAAUCAAACUGUAGAAGUGAAAGUGGAACUCUAUGGGUCGGGGCCCACCACUCCUAGAGGUGAGUUGCCCCCGGAUCCAGAGCCAGAGCUCAUAGACAGCACCAAACUGGUUGAGGUGCAGGUGGUCCUUAUAUUGGCCUAUUGCUCCAUCAUCUUGCUGGGCGUAGUUGGCAACUCUCUGGUAAUCCAUGUGGUGAUCAAAUUCAAGAGCAUGCGCACAGUAACCAACUUUUUUAUUGCCAACCUGGCUGUGGCGGAUCUUUUGGUGAACACCCUGUGCCUGCCAUUCACUCUUACCUAUACCUUGAUGGGGGAGUGGAAAAUGGGUCCAGUUUUGUGCCAUUUGGUGCCCUAUGCCCAGGGUCUGGCAGUACAAGUGUCCACAAUAACUUUGACAGUCAUUGCUUUGGACCGACAUCGUUGCAUUGUCUACCACCUGGAGAGCAAGAUCUCCAAGCAAAUCAGCUUCCUGAUUAUUGGCCUGGCGUGGGGUGUCAGCGCUCUGCUGGCAAGUCCCCUUGCCAUCUUCCGGGAGUACUCACUGAUUGAGAUUAUUCCUGACUUUGAGAUUGUAGCCUGUACUGAGAAGUGGCCCGGGGAGGAGAAGAGUGUGUACGGUACAGUCUACAGCCUUUCCACCCUGCUAAUCCUCUACGUUUUGCCUCUGGGCAUCAUAUCUUUCUCCUACACCCGGAUCUGGAGUAAGCUAAAGAACCACGUCAGUCCUGGAGCUGCAAGUGACCAUUACCAUCAGCGAAGGCACAAAACGACCAAGAUGCUCGUGUGCGUGGUAGUGGUGUUUGCAGUCAGCUGGCUGCCCCUCCAUGCCUUCCAACUUGCUGUGGACAUCGACAGCCAUGUCCUGGACCUGAAGGAGUACAAACUCAUCUUCACCGUGUUCCACAUUAUUGCGAUGUGCUCCACCUUCGCCAACCCCCUUCUCUAUGGCUGGAUGAACAGCAACUACAGAAAAGCUUUCCUCUCAGCCUUCCGCUGUGAGCAGAGGUUGGAUGCCAUUCACUCGGAGGUGUCCAUGACCUUCAAGGCUAAAAAGAACCUGGAAGUCAAAAAGAACAAUGGCCUCACUGACUCUUUUUCGGAGGUCACCAACGUGUAAGAAUGCCGGUGUGAAAGUACGUGGGUAAAUUGCGACCAGAGCUGCCAACCUGGUUAGGGAAGGUUUCCUGGCUAGUGCAUGCCACCUCCCAUUGUAUUGACCCUAAAGCAUCAGAAUGGAAGCCCCAGCGGUAUUGUUCCUGGAAAACUGGCUGGAAGAAUGAGGAGAAAAUAAACAGAUUGCUGUGGCACAGCGUUCUGAUUACCGAUGCUUCCAUGGUAGGUUGAAUUAUGAGUAGAGGAGGAAGGCAACCGGAACAAGGAAUUGGCAUCCGUGUGGUUAAAAGGGAGAAGUGUUAACUCUGAAAGCACAGUAGGAUCUGCAUCAGGGAUGCUGUGAACUCCGUGGGCUCCCUCAUCACUUGAUGAAAAGCUGCUAAACAACUCAGAUUUCCCUAGGGAGCCAUGGGCUCUUUGUUAGGGUGUUUUGGUUUUAUUGUCCUUCCUAAGAUGAAACCCAAAUGAGAAUGCUAGGUAAACAUGGCUUGCUGACUAAGGGGAUGGCUUCAAGGGAAUAAACACAUGCUUUAUGCGAUUAACGUUUUGGCGAUGAUGGGAGAAACCCUGAUAUACUCAGUGAGCAAUUAAUUGUUCUUAUAAUCAAGCGCACAACUGUUGAAAGUUCUUUUUUAAUUCAGAAACCAAAUCUGAAAUUAUCAGACUGUAAAGAAAUGAAAACCGUUGUUUUAUUUCUUGUUUUGAGCCAUCCCUGCUCUAUGUAGAUACUGUUUAGAUAACAAGAAAACAACUCAGUCCUUUCGUUUAUUGCUAAUUGCUAAAGUCAUUUGGAACCAUUCCACUUCUGCCACCAUUCCUGCAUGGGGGCAAACAAAGUUCACACUAGAAAUUAAAUCAGACUAAUACACAGUCUUGUAACAAUUUGAGCUUAGUUGUAAAAAAUUCAGUCCCCCACGACCACAGCUCUAAUAUGUUUACAAACACUGUAGAAUUAUCUUCUUUGGAGUUUAUCUUUAGUAGACCAAUUUAUGCUAAGUAAAAAUGUAAUUUCAUUAAAGUGAACCCAUUUGUUAAGAAAUCUCAAAAACUGAGUUUAUUCCACUUUGCAAAUUUUGGUUUUCAACAAAUUUCACGUAAGUUUUUCCCUUUUUAAAGUGACUAUAUUUUUUGGUGACAUAAAUAUAUAUACGAAACAAAAGCAGAUCUAUAAAUAGGGGGAUGUUAGCAAUUUUCAUUUCAUGGUUUUAUGAAUAUAGCUUUUAUUUCAAAGGUACCCAACCAAAGAUAAUUAAAACUCUUAUUUUGUUCACACAGAAAAGUUGAAAAAUGAGAUGUUAAAAUAGUUGCACUUCUCUGGAUGCUGAAGUUUCAGUGUAGGCAUAUUUUUGUAAAUAUGGCAGAAUUUGUGAGUAUAUUCUUCACAUUUUAGAAAUAUUCAACAUAGUCUUAUACUAGUUAUGUUAUUAAUUUUGUGUAUAUAUUUAAAACUCCGACUGUGGCUGUUAUUAAAUUCCUUUUAGUGUGGAAAUAAAAGAUUGGUCUUAAAGUGAACUCUUCUUCUGGAAUAUUGAAAAGGAACAAAACAACAGAAGUAAAAAUAGAUGUAAGGUGGAGUGGGAAGUCAAUGUAAUACACUGCUGUCCGAAGUGUAUCUAUCAUAUAACUAUGAAAUAUAUUCUUUUCUGUUGGACUCUGCACAGUCAUCAGAAGAUAAGCUUUUCACACUUUAUGCAGAAAUUACUUUGCUUAAGAUGUUAAUAGAAGGUUGUUGUGACAUUUUUAUGUCCUUUGCAGAAUUCCUAUCCUGUACAAACCCUGUAUGGUCCUGUGACACCUGCUGGGAUACUAAAUUAUUGGAAUCCAUUUAGUGAUUCAAUUAAAAUAUUUGUGAUUGAGUUCAUUUGUCAACUCGGUAAUAAAGUAUCUAUUAUGUGCUGAUUUAAAUGUUAAAAUAAAAAUAAUUUGAGCAA